GGAUCCGCCGGAGGGAUAGCCAAUCGCAGGCCGGGAGCCGGGACAGCGUGUUGACGCAGGCGACGACGCCCGCGUGAUGACGGGCGCGGCGUCACCGUCUCCAAGGAACGGUCCGGGGCACUGCUUUCAAAGUCGCAGGGCGGGCCGAGUGGAUUCCGCUGCCGCCCCGGCUUCCUCGCGGUCCUGGCGUCGCCCCUCAACCCCCCGGUGACGCCGCCGAGCUAGCCACGUUCCGCGUUCCGCGUCCCGCAGCACCGCCCGCCCGCGCUGGCUGACGAGACUUCGGGUGCCAGUGGGCCCCAUGCCGCUCUCCUGCGCGGCCUGACGAGACCUGGGGCGUCCGCGCGGUCUGAAGAGAACUUGGGUGCCCCGGCGUUCCUGCGAGACCCCGGGUUCCCGCCGCUCGCCAGCGCGGUCUUCCGAGAGCUCGGCGCCCGCCGCCUUGAGGCCUUUUCUGCCUCCGGGUCCAGCGAGAGCUGCAGUCGCUCGGCGCGUCCCCGCGGACUCCAGAGCCUGACGCGCGUCGCCAGUGCUCCGCCGGCGCGUGAGUGGGAUGCUGAUGCAGCCGCGCCACGGCUAGUCUGCCCCGGCGUCCCGGUAGCUUUUUGUUUUCCCUCACAACUGGGCUAGAUUUUUUUUUUUUUAAUUCCCCUGCGAUGAAUCGAUAAAGAUGAUGAAAACGCCAUACUAAUCGAAAUGGCUACACAAAUCAACUCACUGCUGAGACACCAAAAUGAUAAAUGAUAUUCUUAGGCAGCAUCAAAUUGAAAAUUUUUCUAAAGACUCAACUAUGCAGAACCACAUUUCCAAUGGAGAUAGAGGUGACACUCUAGUAAACUCAAUGGAUGACCAAAGUUCUUUACCUCCUCUUACUACUGAGUAUGACAAGCAUCUGGAAGAGCUAAAUGAGCAACUGAACUAUCAUCAGAAACAGAUGGGUGAGAUGAAACUACAACUCGAAACUGUCAUCAAGGAAAAUGAAAGGUAA